CGGGAGAAAUAAGGCUAUAUAGCACAGGGAAAGUUCUGGACUGAGUCAGACUGCGACAGCAUCACCCGAUUGAGUAAAAGUAGCUGAUACAAGCUAUAGAAGGAUUACUGUAAGAUGAUGCAUAUAAUGCGCUUUAUCUUUGGGAUUACACUUACGUUACUUUUGGCACAUGGAGUCCGAAGUCAAAACGUAGAGACAAGCUUUACAACGAGUUGUGGGAACAGUUCAUUGUUGACGAACGCCUGGCGCUAUGGGGGUUUGUGUCAAGCAAUCCUUAGUUCCUGGUAUAGGGACACAAUCACACCGUUUUACUAUUACCGUGGACCGGAAACACCUUUGGAGUACCAAAACACGACCGCAUCUUGGGGCGACAUUUGUAGGUGGGGUAGAGGCGUGGGAGAAUGUUACCAAAACCUGCUUCCGCAAUGUCAGGCCGGUAUAGGUCUUGAACUUCUCAACAACCCGAAGUUGGGAUCUUUGGAGAGGUUUCAAUGUGAAAGAAAUAGAGACAUUUCGUCGCUGUCGGCUUUCUACCGCAGAACGUGCCAAGGGACAACCGUUAAACCUGAUAUUCAACGAAGAAUAAACGACGCUAACUUUGAUAAAAACACGACAUGUCUGAACGAAACACAUCACACAGAGUUGUUCAUGUGCCAAAAUUCUCUCAAUGAAGAAAUCCGCUUUGACUCCGAACGACUAUACCAGGAGUCAGCUGCUCUCAGGACGUCCAUCAACAGGUUUGCUACUGCUGCCGUCAACUGCAUGUUCAGUGCCAUUAACCGCUCCCCGUGUAACCAAGCAACGAAGAACGUGAUGUAUCACGUUGCUAAGUUACAACUGCCCAGUUUUAUCGACGAAACGGAAUUGGAUCUGGAUGAAACAACCACAGCCGACUUUUCUUCUAUUAUCCGCUGUACUGUCGGAGUUUACGGCGAUCCCCAUUUAAAAAUGUGCGAGGGCGAGGGCUUAGUUACGUGUUCUGCAGUGGGGCAGCAAACCUACCUCAAAAACGAUUGGUUCACAGUGGCGGGAAGUAACGUCAGAGUUGGAGUCCGGUCCACCAAUCCACCUAUUACAUCUAUGAGAUCGGUCAAAAUCACUUUUCAUUCUCUGGACACUGGCAACGCUGUGGCAAUGUACACUGCAUCUAACGCCACAUUACCCACGGUGUUUGACAACACAAACGAGACGACUCUGGGUCAAGGGAAUGACAAAGUGACGUUGAGACUGAACAAUUACCGUCAGGUGAUGUUUGUCCAAGAGUCCACCGGUAUGGUCCUCAACCUACGACAGUGGUCUGGUAAUUAUUUCUUCACGUUGAGGGUGGCCCAGAAUGUCAUCAAGAAGUCCCACGGUUUACUGGCUAGUGGUUGUCCAAAAACGCAGAUAAUAAGCAGAUCUUCCCUGUUCGGGCGUCCGGCGGCCUUAAGACGGAAGCGAGCCACUGUUGCUCAGUGUGAGACUGAGUGUAACGAUGCCGUGACUGAUCCCUACUUACGGGAGACCUGCAAGUUUGACUGUUAUGCAUUGGACAGCGUUGAGGCUGGUACGAACAUGACUGCGUCCGCUGAAGAGGACAUCAGGAUAGUACUUGAGAUGGAUGAGGAGAUCAUCGCUAAGGCCAUCACUCCCAAACCCACAACGCCAGCGCCCACAACGAAGAACCCUAACUCUGCACCACAGAAUCAUUUGUCUGUUUGGACGUCCAUUUUAGGACUUGUGGUCGUUACAAUUUUUGGAGCAACAAACUAAAUAAUCAGUAAAGAGUAAAAGAAAAACGUUUGAAAUAUCUAUUUUAUCUUACCGUUUACCGUGAGAUUUAUUUCCCGUGAGACACGACAUCAAUUGUGGCUCUUAAAGUCACUGUAAUCUUUAAGCAGAAGCAUCUGCGCCUGUUAAUGAUCCACAUCUCGUGGCAAACCGAAAAAUAUUUCUAUUCCGAAAAAUAGAAUUUCCCCUCUACAACACAAACUUGACCGAAACGUCACGAAUAUAUAAAAAAUUUUUGCUCAUGAAGGCUUCAUUUCCCGGAAGACUGACCGAGACUGAUGGUGCAUGGUUGCUCAAGUUGGAGAAGGUUUAUAAGGGAGACAACUUUUACAUUUAUUCUUGCCCCACGACCACUUGGUCUUGAACCACUGGAGCAAAUCGCGAAUUGUUAAAAAACUGGCAAUGCUGUCAUAUACCGGUAUGUAAAGCACACUGAAGUGUUAACCUUCGUAGGUAUAAAAAAGAAUAUCUUUAAGAAGUUGUCAGCUUAUGGAAUAGCAAAUCGCUGUGAGAUUACACUAUUAACUACAAGAUUUUGAGUCUCGCUCUUUCUCGCGUGUUCAUAAUUCUCCCAUGUUCUUUCUAGACCCAUCGAUUCAUUCAACCGAAAUGAUGCCUCAUGGCUGAUAAUGAACGGUUGUUAUAUUUUUCAUCUUCUUCCACAUUCUGGUAUUUCUUAGUUGCUCAACUAUUGAAGAGUUCAAUAUAUGUAUGUCGAUACCACCCUGUGUAUUUCAAGUUAUAGAUGUAUAUCGUUUUGUGUAUGAAUUUAGCAUUUUAAUCCAUUAACUUUCGUAUUUUUGUGUAUUGUGAAAGUUAAAUAUCGCCAUUCCAUUCACAUAAAUUUGUAAGUAAUUUCAUUGAAUAUUACAUUUAUCCUCUUUGCUGUACAUGUUUUGUACAAUAAAAUGACUGAAAUGAGGACUUCUUUUUAAUUUUAA